UCUGCUGCCCCCUAGCGGCCACAGCCCAGGACAGCGCGCACUUGCUCUGCCUGUAGCGCGGGAGGGCAGGUGGGUUGGGGGAGCUGGGCAGCACGGGGAGGAGGGAGCCCUGGGGAAAGAGAAUGAAGGAGCCCAGGGGGCUUGUGGUUAAGGGCCCUGGGCCUGGGUUCAGGAGCUCUGGGUUUAAUGCCCAGCUCUGCCACUGACUCGCUGGGUGAUCCUGGGCGAGUCCCUGGGCCUCUCUGGGGCUCCGUGCUCCAGCUGUAAAAUGGGCUGAAUGAUCCUUCCUUUGUCUGUCUGGUGCAUUCAGACUGUGGGCUCUGUGGGCAGGGACUGUCUCCUACUGGGUCUGCGUAGUGCCUGGCACGAGGGGCCCUGAUCGGGGUGGGGGGGUCUCUAGGCGCUCCCCUUUUCACGGUAGCAGACCCACCCCAUGUCUCUCCCCACGGGCAGAGCAUUCUGCUGUCUGCGGCACAGCCCCAGCUGCCAGCUCCCGGCAGUGACCGAGCCCGGCUCCUUCCUCCUUCCCAAGUCUCCCCCCCCCGCCCCCUCCGUCCCUCCCAGCCCAUCCGCAGCCGAUAACUGCAGCGGCUCCAGUCCCCCGCCGGCCCCCUCCUCGCCUCGCUGCGGAACUUUCUCUCUGAGCAGGGACCCGGCGCCCCCUUCGCAGACCCGGCUGGGGGCGGCCCAGGCAGGGGGAAGGAGCCAAGCCCGCGGGCCCCUCGGAUGCACCGAGCCCACCUCCGCCAGCCAGGGGCUGCCCUGGGCCGGACCCCGCGCGCCCUGCCCCGGGACAAUGAUGCAGCCUGUGUGCCUGCUUCUCAUCGCCGUCCUCUCCUCCCUGCCUGCGCUCAGUGAGAGGGGGCGCAAGAAGGUCAUCCACGUGUCAGAGGAUGAGAGCGGGGCCGUGGUCGUCCAGACGGCGCCUGGGAAGGUGGUCACCCACCGGGGCGGGACCAUCAUCCUCCCCUGCCGGUACCACUACGACGUGUCAGCCCACGACCCAGCCGAGAUCCGCCUCAAGUGGACCAAAGUGAUGGAUCCGAUGUCUUUCUUGGACGUCUUCGUGGCCAUGGGGAAGGAGCGCAGGGCUUUUGGGAUCUACCGGGGGCGCACGGCGCUGCAGGAGGAUGGGACAGGGGACGCCUCCCUCAUCAUCCGCAACGUUACCCUGCAGGAUUACGGGCAGUAUGAGUGCGAGGUCACCAAUGAGCUGGAGGACGACACGGGCAUGGUGAAGCUGGAUCUGGAAGGAGUGAUCUUCCCGUACCACCCGCGCCUUGGCCGCUACACCCUCAACUUCCGCGAGGCCCAGAAGGCGUGUCUGGCCCAGGACGGCAUCCUGGCCUCCUACGACCAGCUGCACAAGGCCUGGGUGGAGGGCAUGGACUGGUGCAACGCCGGCUGGCUGGAGGAUGGCUCCGUGCAGUACCCCAUCGCCAGGCCCCGAGACGAGUGCGGCCGCAAAGACACCCCAGUCGGGGUCAGGAACUAUGGGUACCGGCACAAGGAGGACGAGCGCUACGACGCCUUCUGCUUCACGUCCAACCUGAACGGCAAAGUUUACUUCCUGAAGACCUACCGCAAGAUGAGCUACCCCGAGGCCCUCCAGGCCUGCAAGAAGAACGGUGCCAGGGUGGCCAAGGUGGGCCAGCUCUACGCUGCCUGGAAGAUCCAGCUGCUGGACAAGUGUGAGGCGGGCUGGGUGGAGGAUGGCAGCAUCCGCUACCCCAUCGUCAACCCCCGGGCACGCUGCGGGGGCCGGGAGCCCGGCGUCCGCAACUUGGGCUUCCCGGACAAGAAGUACAAGCUCUUCGGGGUCUACUGCUACAAGAAGGCCAGCGAGGGGCCCCCCAAGGAGGGCAGGGAGGAACCGGGCAAGUGGAGGCCUCUCCGGGUAUAAGAGGCAGCCGUGGCCGCUCUGCUGGGGACAGAACCGCUCUUGCAACCGUCAGACAAACGCCGCAGUUGGAGAGCUGCUACCAUAGUACCCUCCCCCCCAUCCCUUCCCACCUGGAGCCGGCUGUGAGCCAGGACCGUGGUACUGAUCGCCGAGCCCCAGGGGCCUUGCAUAUCUUGGUAACAGCAUCACAAGAAACAGAAGGGAACCCCCUCCCCACCCUUAUCCCUUUCCAUAGCAGGUGGGGACGGUCCCACGGCAUGGCAGGCUGGGGAGGGGGUCUGUGAUAGAGAAGGGAAGAGGGCUGGAGGGGGGACCAUGCCAGCUUCAAUUCACUUGCUUUUUCCUGCAAACAUCCAUCCAGCCUCUGCACUCGUAGGGGCCGCUCCUGCCACGCAGGUGGGGUUUUCCCCCAUCCCGGGCAAAGAAAAAAGUGACCGGAUUUUUCAGUCUUCACAGUGCUGUCCUAAGAGAUCCCCAGCCAGGGGCCCCCUGUGAUAUUCCCCUGAGAAAGGGGGGCUACUCUGUGGAGCGACCGAUGGGGAUUAAUACAGGGCCAGAUGUAGGGCCCGAUCCUGCCAAGGGCUGAGUGCCCUCAGCCGCCACUGAAAUCAGCACCACGCAGGAUGGGCUCGGCAUGGGAGAGAAAUCUAGUGAGGGGGAGGAGCCAGGGAAAGGGGGCGGGGAUUUGGCUUCCCCCUGCCCUGCAGAUGCCCGCUUCUUCCUAGGCCAGGGCAAGGGAUAGCUCAGUGGUUUGAGCAUUGGCUUGCUAAACCCAGGGUUGUGAGUUCAAUCCUUGAGGGGGCCAUUUAGGGAUCUGGGCCAAAAAUUGGGGAUUGGUCCUGCUUUGAGCAGGGGGUUGGACUAGAUGAUCUCCUGAGGUCCCUUCCAACCCUGAUAUUCUAUGAAAAGUGCAGAGGGUCGGCCGUGGUCGCCCCGGUGGCUCGCAGUGUGUUUCCCUGCUCGAGGCACAGAGCCCGUCCCGCUGGCUGGGGCUCUCUCCCCGUCCCCGAUGCAUGCAGUCCAUGUGCCGCCUCCCGCUCUCGCUACAACGCUGCAUCGCCGUGCCUGACUUCGGUUUCAGCUGCAUGAGCUGCAUGCAUGGCCGGGCGAGGGACACCACCAGCGACAGGGGAGGGAGCUCGGGGUCCCUCUGCUCCGAGUUUAGCAGCAGAGCUGAUCAAGGUCUCCGUUCCCGCGACUUAGGGCCAGACUGCACCUGGGACGGGCCUGCAGGAAGCUCUCAGAGCCAGAGGUCACAAAUGGGCUCCCCAGACCCGCUGGGGCUUCCCUUCUGGCCAGUGGGGGGGUCGGUUGUGGUCGGGGAGUUAAUGAAAUAAAGGCUUGGCUGUUGAUUGAGAAUGAACUGUGGACUCAUGUCUCUGGACCUGACUCUCCGGCUCCUGGGCCUUUCGGGCGGGGCCUGUCUCCAGUCGAACUUCCGGGCUAAUAGGAACAAGGCUCAUUCAUGUGCAAGGUGCUGUACAAUGAGCAGGAGAAACAAAGACGUCGCGGC